AUGGGAUGCGUCUGUUCGAGGCAGAUCAGGAAGGAUACAGAGGCGACAAAGGGUGAACUGUAUGGUGAUAGAGUUGUGGAGGUCGGCUUCCGUGGAGAUCGGAAGACCAAUUACAAGAUUUUUGAUUCUGGCGAGCUCCUGGUGCUGCCGGCCAAGGCUGUGACGGGAAAGGUAUCAGAAUCAACUUCAAUCUUGGGGCGGGCUAGCAUUGCUGGUCUAGAGAAAGCUGUAGAGGUCCUUGAUACGCUUGGAAGUAGCAUGUCAAACCUGAAUCCUAGCAGUGGAUUCACAUCUGGAAUUCCAUCUCGAGGAAAUAGAAUUUCAAUCUUAGCAUUUGAAGUUGCAAAUACUAUUGCUAAAGGUGCUAAUUUGUGGAGAAGUCUUUCAGAUGAAAACAUCAAUACUUUGAAGGUAGAAAUUUUGCAGUCGGAUGGAGUGAGAAAACUUAUCUCUGAAGAUGCUAAUGAAUUGAUUUGCAUUGCUGCUCUGGACAAAAGAGAGGAACUUGACCUUUUCUCGAGAGAAGUAAUUCGCUUUGGGGACCUUUGUAAAGAUCCAAUGUGGCAUAAUCUCGGUCGCUAUUUUGAAAAAUUCAGUAUGGAUACAACUUCUGUGGAACAAUCAAAGAUGGAGGUAGAAACAACAAUGCAAAAUUUGAUAAAUUUGGCUCAGAAUACUUCUUAUUUGAGCAUUCCAUGUCUCCAGUGCUAUUUCUCGCACCAAAAGUUUUGCAAUGAAGUUGAUUCUGAUAUGUUUCUUGAACAUCAGGAAAUUCCUUUUUCUUUUUUUGGUCCAUUGUGCUCUACUGAGCUUUAUCAUGAGCUACAUGCACUAGAUAGAUAUGAACAAGAUUGCAGAAGGAAGCUUCAAGAAGAGGAGUUGAUUCCUGCAUCUAAACAGGGUAGCAACUUGCUCAACCAUAAAGAAGCUCUGAAUGGAAGCUUAGGUUCUUAUGGUCUAGCAUUGCAUUAUGCUAACAUCAUUAACCACAUUGACAACAUAGUAUCCCGACCACUUUCACUUCCACCAACUACAAGAGACAGCUUGUAUCAGGGAUUGCCAAUCCGAGUGAAGGCAACUCUACGUGCCCGAAUUCUGUCUUCUGAUGCCAAAGAAGAGUACACUGUUCCUCAUGUAAAAGCUGAAAUGCAGAAGAUCUUACGGUGGCUCACUCCAAUUGCACAAAACACAAUUAGUAUUGAGAUUAACCAAAAACAGGACAUGCAAGACUGUAUUAUCCGCAUCCAAACACUUCAUUAUGCAAAUAAAGAGAAGACCGAGGACUACAUAUUAGAAUUGGUGGUAUGGCUCCAUCAUCUAAUUACUCAGGUGAAAAGCAGGGGAUUUAGGUUGAAGUCAGUUGAUACCGUCCAAAGUCAAUCGCAAACAAUGGCAUUUCGAGAGACUGCACAAGAUCUAUCUCAGGAGUACAAGGGUCAAGUUGACAAUCUCAAUUUUUUAUCAGAAGAAAUGAAAUUGUUGGAGCAAGUAUUGCACAUGUAUGAAACAGAGCAACGAGAAGAGCCGUCCAUUAGGUUAGCCUCCGUUUACAAGGGCAAUUCCAGCAGGAGAAUGAUUUUGAUUUCGUUCAACCUACUGAAUGAGAAUAACGUGGUGAUAAUGGUAACGGAAUAUGAUCACUUGAUUGGUAGCGCUCAUUAUUGUAGUUGCAGAGCUAUCAGCUUGGAUUCCCAACUCAGCAACGAGCGGACAUGGCAGUUUAUUCCCUCCGUGUCCUCCAUUCCAUUUCCAUUACAUAUCACGCGAAUCAGAAUAAAACGGAGGUGA